AGAGAGAGUGAGCGAGCAAGCUGGUUCACUCUCAAAUGCCCUCAUUGGCCUGUGCUGGGCCAGGCCAAAGCCAGGAGCCAGAAACUCCAUCCAGGUGCCACAAGCAGAAUGAGAGACAUCGUCCAUAUGUUGAUUCACUAUCCCAAAUGCCUGCAAAAGCCAGAGCCAAGGCAAAGCAAGGAGCCUGGAACUCAACUCCUCAUCUCCCAGGUUGUUUUUCAUCAUUGAGAACAUCGCCUGAAGCAGGUCCACCAUGCCGUUAGUGACGAGGAACAUCGAGCCAAGGCACCUGUGCCGGCAGACGCUGCCCAGAGUUAGAAGCGAGCUGGAAUGCAUGACCAACAUCACCCUGGCAAAUGUCAUCCGACAGCUGGGCAGCCUGAGUAAAUAUGCAGAGGACAUUUUUGGAGAGCUCUUUACUCAGGCAAAAACCUUCGCCUCUCGGGUAAGCUCCCUUGCUGAGAGGGUCGACCGACUACAAGUUAAAGUCACUCAGCUGGAUCCCAAGGAAGAAGAAGUGUCGCUGCAAGGAAUCAACACCCGAAAGGCCUUCCGAAGCUCCACCAUUCAGGACCAGAAGCUCUUUGACAGAAACUCUCUCCCCGUGCCUGUCUUGGAAACAUAUAAUACCUGUGAUACUCCUCCCCCUCUCAACAAUCUUACCCCAUACAGGGAUGAUGGAAAAGAGGCACUCAAAUUCUACACCGACCCUUCGUACUUCUUUGAUCUUUGGAAGGAGAAGAUGCUGCAGGACACCAAGGAUAUCAUGAAAGAGAAGAGAAAGCAUAGGAAAGAGAAGAAAGAUAAUCCAAACCGAGGGAAUGUAAACCCACGUAAAAUCAAGACCCGUAAGGAAGAGUGGGAGAAAAUGAAGAUGGGACAAGAAUUUGUGGAGUCCAAAGAAAAGCUGGGGCCUUCUGGGUACUCAUCCACCUUGGUGUACCAGAAUGGCUGUGUUGGCUCGGUCGAAAACAUGGAUGCAGGCAGCUAUCCACCACCACCACAGGCCGACUCCGCCUCUUCACCUUCUCCUGCCUUCUCUGAGGACAACUUGCCUCCCCCACCAGCAGAAUUCAGCUACCCGGCAGACAACCAAAGAGGUUCUGGCUUGGCUGGAACCAAAAGAUCCAGCAUGGUCAGCCCAAGCCAUCCACCCCCAGCUCCACCUCUAGGCUCUCCACCAGGCCCCAAACCUGGCUUUGCUCCUCCACCUGCCCCUCCUCCUCCACCUCCGAUGGGUGUCCCACCUCCACCGCCACCUAUGGGAUUUGGGUCUCCAGGCACCCCUCCCCCACCUUCACCCCCAUCUUUCCCACCUCACCCUGAUUUUGCUGCUCCUCCACCUCCUCCCCCACCACCGGCAGCUGACUACCCAACAUUGCCACCACCUCCCUUGUCCCAGCCAGCAGGUGGAGCCCCUCCGCCACCCCCACCGCCUCCGCCCCCAGGCCCCCCACCUCUCCCCUUCAGUGGUGGGGACAGCCAGCCUGCUAUACCACCGCCGCCUUCUGAUGCCACCAAGCCCAAGUCCUCCUUGCCUGCUGUGAGUGAUGCCCGUAGUGACCUGCUCUCCGCCAUCCGACAAGGCUUCCAGCUGCGCAGGGUUGAGGAGCAGCAGGAGCAAGAGAAGCGGGACGUCGUGGGCAAUGACGUGGCCACCAUCUUGUCACGGCGCAUUGCUGUUGAGUACAGCGACUCGGAAGAUGACUCCUCUGAGUUCGAUGAAGACGACUGGUCCGAUUAACUCUCUGCUGCUGCGUGCCUCCUUUGUCUUCCUUCCUACCUGCCGCCUCUGAUGCCGACCUGCAGCCGUCACAGCCCCAUGGGGCGCGGGGGGGGCAUUUCAAGGGGCCAAAGUCUUCUCUGAAGCAACCAAAGAUGUAUCCAAGUGCUUCCUCCAGGUGGACAUGGAUUUCCUGUCCCAGUUGUCAGGCCCUUGGGGCUCCUGAGCUCCAGCAGCUGAGAUGCCCCCUUGUCCCCGCAAGUGACCGCUGCAUGUUGGAAGGAAGGAAGAAGCCCGACGUGGGCCCCUUUGCUUGGGCUUCAGUGGAUGCGGCGUCUCCCACUAGAAGCCCUUUUCAGGCAUGGUCUCUCCAGUCUUUGCCCUCAGCCACUUCAAAUAAUGCGAGCCCUCUGCAGUCCUCCAUCAGUGAGAGCAGCCUGUGUGGACACGGCCAGCCCGUCGCCCGCACCCUCAGAGCUCGGUGCAGGCCGAAUGUCCCAGCAGCCAGCCUGCCAUGCCUUUCUGCCACACCCUGUGCCCCAGCUGGCAGGGUGGGGCUGCCUUUGGCCAAGGCUUCUCUGUGCUGGCAUGCCCUGUGGUCCACAGGCAGCAGACCUCUUAGCGUCUCACCCCCUCGCCCCAGAAUGCUGCCUUUCGGAAGACUCAGGUGGCUGCCUCCCUCCCAGGCUCUCCCCGUGAGCGAGGUGUUCCGGUUUCCCUCAGUCCCCGCCCCCCCCCCCCCCCCCCGGUGUCUUAAGGCAGCACAGCUCAGUUUUGACCUAACUGGUCCUGACGCUCAGGAAGCUGGGCCUGUGCCAUCUGCCGGGGGCGGAGCUGAGAGCGGGACCUUUGCACCUGCCCUCUUCAGGAUGCUGGGGCCUAGAAGGAAGUGACUUGGUCAAGGUCACACGGUUGAAUGGUGACAGAGCAAGAGCCUGAGUGCCUGAUUUCAAGUCCCCUGUGCUUUCUGGGACCAAAAAAUGGGCAGCAGCUGGAGUCGGAGCAGAGCCGGGUGGCUCCCUGCUACUCCAGACCUCACGCUGGGAGGGGGGUGGUCCCAGCCUCGGCACUGCUGCUCAGAUGCUUGUAGCCUGGCUUGUAGUUCUUUGUUGCCCCUUUUCUGUCACCUCCUCACCACGGGGCCUGAGACCUGCCCUUGCAGGGGCCCAAAGCAGUGGGAGAGGGGAGGGGCUGCAGCUCUGACAGGUGCUGUUUUCAAUUCCUCCGCGACCCCGCCCCCUUUUACUUCCGCGGUUUAAGCCUAGGCUCUGCCAACUGUAGAAACUUGGGUCCCUCAGGCUGGCAGGUCCCUGCGGGGUGGGCGUGGGGGCGGGGGGAGGGGGCUCUGGCAGCUGUGAAAAGGGCUAUGAGGCACAGGGACUUGAGGGCCACUUUCCAGCAGCCUCACUGUGUGUGGCAAGGUUCCCUCCUCUGCUCCCUGCCGUUCCCGGAGCUCAUACACAGGUGCUACUAUUCAGGGGGAAAAAAAACUGGUCAGCUCUGGCCAACAGCAAGGUUUCUUCUCUUCUGCCCUAUUGUGUAGCCUCUUACGCCGAAAUCGGCUUCUCCUGGCUUCUUGGCCUUUCAGAGCCCUGAAACAAAGAGAAACAGGAUCUGUCUCUCCCCAGCACAGCAAAUGGUUGUAGUAAUUGCCGAAGCCCUCGUAAACCCCUCCGGCUCGAGGAGGGUAUGUAUAAUCAUGGUUCUGUCGCCGAGCCCUUGCCGAACACCUCCCCUCUGCCUGCCUGCCUGCCCGCCUGCCUUGAACUUGGGACGUGGGACUGAGCCUGUGGGUGCCAGCAGGCCCCCCUGCCACAGCCACUCCCCAGAUCAGGUGUGUCUGACACCGGGCAAGAGCCUGGCUCCACUCAGCACACGGUGCCUACUCUGCCCGUCUCCCAUCCUGCUUUCAUCAGGACCCUAAAAUGGCCGAUGAAGGGGCCUCGGCUGCAGCCAGCAGCGGCUGGAGAGGCAGGCAGAGGGCAGCGGUUCUCCCAAAUAGGAGUCCUGGGGCCUGGCCAGGCCAGGGUUUGGGCCUAAUGGCUUUGACUAAAUUACCCCCAUCCUCCUCCUUUCCGGAAAAGGGGGAGCCAGAGCCACUCUGUCAUUCUGCUCUGACCUUGAAGGGGGCGGUGUUGGCCUGGCUUCUGGAAUGGACAGAGUCCACGGCGAAGAGGGCCGGGGGCAGGAGGAGGUGGGGAGGGGCCCUGCCUGCGGAAGGUAGGAUUAGAUCAUUAGCUCAGUGACCUCCUAGGGUUUCGAUGUGCUGUGUUCUCAUCCUACAGCUGGUUUGGUAAUGAUCUGCAAGUCCCGGAGAGCAACAGCACAGCUCUGCCUGGCGCUCUCAUUAAAAUCUAUGCAGCCAAGCUCGGCGCUUUGUAGCAGCCGGCCUUGCGAAGCCUCCUCAGCUCGGGGGGCUGGGGACCCAGUCAGCCGAGAGGCCCUCUGGGCUCUACUUAUGCAUAUGUGCACCAAAAAAAAAAAAAAAAAAAAAAAGCUUCUUUAAACCUAGAGCCCUUUAAGAUGAUAAAGGACCCAAUGCAGGUAAUCGUGUGUUUUUGGAAUCGAGUAAUUGUAGAAUGCAAAGUUUAGUGAUUAUUUAAACUGGGCCAAGGCUGGUAACAGUAUGAAACAAUGGCCCAUAGGACUCUUAAAGCGCUGAAGCCGAAGAGCCACCUCCUUCCUUGGUCUGCCCGGCCCAGGGGAGCUGCCCCCAUUCCUGUGGCCCAAGGGCCCAGCUUCCCAUCGGCAGUGUCAGAAGUGACUUGUGGCUUUGCCUUGGUCCUGAGAUGAUUUCAUUCCAAUGGAGCAGCCCAGGGAAGUGGGGGGGGGGGGUCCCUGGGAGGCUCAGAGCAGCUGGCCCAAGCUCCAGCUUGCCUUAGUGCCCUCAGAAACGACCCUGGCCAAUGUCACCGCAGAGCCGAGGCGGUGUUGUCAGGGCUAAUGUGAAAUCUCCUCCCGUGGCGCCGAUCCUCCGACUGCAGCGCCAGCUUGGACAGAUUGAGGUCUCUGUGGCUUUGGUGACCCUGCUUGAGCAUUCCCACCGUGUCGGGCUCUGCUGCAGCACCGCCUCCCACUGCAGCCCCCCCAACCUGAGGUCCCAGGCAGGGGCGGGGUUCCAAGGCUGCAGGGGGUGGGGGAGGGGUGCCUUUUGUGCCUGAGAAACACUGGGCUCCCUGGGAGGUCAGGCUUUGAACCUGGCUGGGGUCCAGCUGACCUGGGACCAGGUGUCGCACAGAAAUGUGCCUCACUCUGUGCCUGCUGCCACGUUCACUUUAACAGUGCCUCGGUGAGGGCUAGGGAACAAUUUUGUUAUUGUAUUAACUUUAUUCAGCUAAUUCACUUGAGAAACUAACCAAUUUUUACUUUCUGUCUAGAAUGAUGUACAUGUAGGAGAGUAAGCCGUAAUGCUCCCAAAGUGCCUUGUUUUCUCUGAUAUAAAUAUAUUUAUAAGGACAUAUUCCAGUGGGUUCCUGGGUGUGUUUGCCACGGUGAGAUUUUAGGGAGUGAGUGAGUAUGGAGUGGGAUACAGUUUGCCAGCAGGCCCCUCCCCCUGAGCACAGACAGGAGUGAUCUGCGUAGUGGGGCAAAGCUAGACCCUGACGCGACUCUUGCCUCUUCUGCCUGGUUUGUAGACCCUUAGAAGGACGGCCAGUUUUUUGGUCUCAUUCGCUUCCUGCCAGGCUCACGUGUGUACCACAUUUGUGCCCUGGUGACCUGCAGGUUCCGUGUAACCAUUUUAUGUAUACACAUGAGUCCUGAAAUGCCAACCUUUAAAAUCAUCUGAUAAAGUCUUUGUAGCCACUCAGUCA